AUGGUCGAGCAACAAUUGGAGAACCUAGCCGUUCGCGCUCAGAAGCAGUUGAUCCUGUUAUGGAAGGAGGACACGGUGAGGCCUAAGAAAACGGCUGAUUGGCUCGAUCAUCGUGGAUGGAUUUCGGCCCAUCACCACUUGCGUGUGCAGCGUCGCAUGUUUAGCAGACGGUCGCCCAGAAAGUUGAUGGAGUUGUACCGGCCGAUUUUGGCUCAGCCGCCGAACAUCUUCUCUGACGUGUCCCGCUUAGCUCGCUGCCUGACGUCUCAUUCCAUAGGGCUGGUACUUGGUGGUGGUGGUGCCCGAGGGGCCGCCCACGUUGGUAUACUCAAAGCGCUCAAAGAGCAGCGGAUUCCGGUAGACAUUGUCGCCGGUGUUAGCAUCGGCGCGUUCAUCGGCGGUGUAUAUUGUGCUGACCCGGACAUCUCUAACAUGUACAUGAAGGUGAAGAAGAUGUUCCAGGAGGCUGCCUCGUUCUGGCCAAAGAUUUUCGAUCUCACCUAUCCCGUGUGUGCGAUGUUCACCGGUGAAUCGUUGAACAAAAUGUUACGCCGCGCCUUCGGCGACUUGCAAAUCGAGGACCUGUGGAUUCCGUAUUUCAAUGUUACGACGGACAUCACGUCUUCCGAGAUGAGGAUACAUCGAAGUGGUACAGCUUCACAGCUUUUCUGUCUUUUUAAUGGGAUAGUGGAUCUUAAGUUUAUCCUAACUUGCCGCUUUUUCCCGCUCUAG